CCUCCUCCUCACAUGCCCCCCAUCACUCUUCCCCCUCUUUAUAUGCUCAAUAAGUCGAUAGACUCAGCACCACCGUUUCAGUCACCUCCGGCAUCACCAGCAGCUGUCUUUGGCUUCUGCUCCACCGUCGGAAGAUGUCCAGCAACAAGACGGCCGCCGCCGCUGAGCGUGCGGGAGCGGAGAUCGUGAACGGCGCGGAGGAGUGCUACCGCCACUCCAUAGAGCUCCUCCAAGAGCUCGGUUUUCCCAAGGGUGUCCUUCCACUGAAGGACUUGGAAGAGUGCGGGCGUGUGCGGGAGACGGGGUUCGUGUGGAUGAAGCAGAAGGCGCCGUACGAGCACUUCUUCGUGAACACGGGGACGCGCGUGAGCUAUGCGACGGAGGUCACCGCCUACGUGGAGAAGUCGAGGAUGAAGAGGAUGACCGGGAUCAAGAGCAGGCAGAUGUUCCUAUGGGUCCCCAUCACGGAGAUGAGCUUCGAGGAACCGACGGCCAGCAAGAUCAUGUUCAAGACGCCGAUGGGGAUCGGCAAGUCCUUCCCGGUCACCGCCUUCAUGACGGACGAGGAAAAGAACAAGUACUUGCUGGAGAGGGGAAAUUGAAAGAUCGGUUCGCUACAAAAAUAAACGAAAGUCUCUUUGAUUUCUGCUUAUUCUGCUCUUAUUUUGUCGGAGAUUGUCCAAUUUGUUUUCUUGGAUCAGACCAUGGAUAUCUUCUGGUCAUUCUGCCGAUGAUUAAUCUUUGAAUUGCAUUGGCAUAUGACAGUCAUUGUUUUAGUUUCUUGUUAAAGUGUCCAAGUAAUCUGAUCAUGGGCCUGAUCGGGCCGCACCGUUCGCCUA